GGCAGGGAGGGGAGCAGAGAAAAGAGUAGAGCUCAAAAAAUGUCAAUAAAAAAUUAAAAUAAAAAGCAUUAAUCUUCUGGGGGGUAGUGGAAUGCUAAGGGCUAAACCCAGGACCUCAUGAAAGAAAGAAAGAAAGAAAGAAAGAAAGAAAGAAAGAAAGACCUUCAAUGUUCAGUGCCUAUAUACUCAAUAUUCUGUAUCCAGCCAGGAAGUGGAUUUUCCUUUUAUUAAUAUGUUGUGCCAUCUUUGUCUCUUUGAAUUAAUUUUGGCUUUAAGUUAAUUCCAUCCGGGUUUCGCGCGCAGCGGGCGAACCCCAUGGAGUCGUAUGAGCAGGUCCAGAAGGGCCCCCUGAAGCUGAAAGGCGUCGCGGAGCUGGGCGUGACGAAGCGGAAGAAGAAGAAAAAGGACAAAGACAAGGCCAAGCUGCUGGAGGCCGUGGGGACGAGUAAGAAGAGCGAGGAGGAGAAGAGGCACUGCCUGGACAAGCACACGCCGGCGCAGGCGGCCUUUGAGAAGAUGCAGGAGAAACGGCAAAUGGAAAGAAUCCUGAAGAAGGCGUCCAAAACCCAUAAGCAGAGAGUGGAGGACUUCAACCGACACCUGGACACACUCACCGAGCACUAUGACAUUCCUAAAGUCAGCUGGACCAAGUAACUUGCCCCGGUGCAAAAGACAGGUCAGGCUGGCUGUUUUGCUCACCUCGGUGUUUUCUAGAAUGCCCUACACCUGCCUGGUACAUCUGCUGAAACCAGACUUUUCUGAAACUUGAUUAAAGUCAGGCUGUCCUUUCA